AUGUCUUUUCAGCAUGCUGCUAUCUCAAAAGGGUUAAUGAUUAGUUGUGCCGUCACGUCUAUUGCUGCCAGUAUUUUCGACGUAAAGCAUUACCUCCAUUUGCAAUUGUUUCCGCAUCUCACAAAGCACCAUCAGUAUUGGAGAUUGUUGGUCCAUCAUCUUGCUUUUACAAACUCCAGUGAACUCCUUCUGGCGGAAAUCCUACUGUACAAUGUGUCUGUCCCGAUUGAGCGCAUGUUUGGCUCGUCAAAGUUUGCAGCCUUUUCCGUCUCCUCCGUCCUCACAGCUACCAUACUGGAGUUCGGUAGCCUCAUUGCUUUCAAUCGGUUAGGCCUCAAUGUAUUACCUUCUGGUCCGAUCACUCUUGUCUUCAGCAUUUUAUAUCAAUUCUCGAGGCUCGUUCCUAGAGCCUAUACAUUCCGAAUAUUCGGGCUGACGGUCACUAAUAAAAUCUUUAUCUACAUACUUGCUCUCCAGUUGGCAAUCAGCCAACCACCUGGUUCGCUGGUAUCAUCGCUUAUAGGGAUUGUUGCCGGACAGCUAUACCGUUCAGAUGUGCUGGGUCUCAAGACGUUCCGUGUACCACCCACAGUGCGGCGCCUGGCGUCACGAUAUCUACUUCCCCUCAUCGGUUCUACGAAGCCGCCUCGAUUAAGCAACCGUGCGUUUCCCGAGGACUCCCAUCGUCUUCGAAGAACACCUGCACAGCGGUCUCAAGAAAACACUGAAGUAGUAACAACUGCACCGACACCAUCUUCCGAAGAUCAAGCAGAUGCUCAAGCGGCGUCGCAACCAGCCGGGACAGGACCCGCUAGGCAGUCUGUGAUGCGUGAAUGGGUCGAUGAACUUACAGGUCGAACGGAACGUGCCGCAGCUGGGUUACGCGUGCCGAGCGAGGGGGAAAUAAACCAACUCACAAGUAUGUUCCCUGAUUUGCGGCGGGAAGAUAUCGUGGGUGCACUUCAGCGAAGGUGA